AGCCGGUGGGUUAUAUAAAGGUUAGUAAUAAAAUUAUAAACGCUGUCCAGUUUACGGAAGACAUGAUCGAUUCACCUGAUUGGGUUCCAGGAAAAGAAAAUCGAAAUUAGGAUCUAUCAUGUCUGUGGUGCAGAACGGCGAAGAAGCACCUACUUCGUAUUUCAUCGGGAAGAAAGAAGACAUCAUAAAGGCUAAGCGAGUGUUGAAGUUUAUGAACGGAAGGGAUGUCCUUGUUAUCUACCACGAGGGGAAAUUUUAUGCCAUGGACGCGCAUUGCUAUCAUGCUGGAAGCUCGUUAGAGAAUGGAGACAUUGAGGAGAUCAAUUACAAACUGUGCAUAGUGUGCCCGUCACACAAAUAUAAGAUCACACUAGCAGAGGGGGAGGGGCUGUACAAAGCCAGAGACCCCAAAGAGAAGAACCCCACCCCCUGCUGGUUCUCCAAGGGCAUAAAGCAGAGGGUUCACACCGUGCUGGAGGUGGACGGGGACAUCUACGUCAGGAUGUCGGAAGAGCGCGGGUGGAUCGAGUCCGACUACUAUCAGAGCGAGAAGCAACGGCAAGAGCGGCAAAAAUGCGCUGAGAUAUGCGCUGUGGAUGAGGGAGAGAGCUGAGACAACUGCAUUAUUCAGAUGCAAGGAAAAGCAAUGUUACUAGAUUGCUGUUUGGAUACAUCAGUCUAUUAUUCAUGACAAAAAAUGCUGUUUCUGCACCCCCCCCCCCCC